AUGUUCAACCCAGGGCCAGAAGUCACAGUAGAUGAACGUUUACUCCAUUUCCGUGGAAAAUGCCCCUUCCGGCAAUACAUGCCCAGUAAGCCAGGCAAAUACGGCAUAAAAAUCUGGGCAGCCUGUGAUGCAAGAACCAGCUAUGCAUGGAAUCUGCAGAUUUACACAGGCAAAGAUGCAAGCGGCAUCCCUGAAAAAAAACAAGGAAAACGUGUAGUCCUCGAUAUGGCUACUGGACUAAAAAACAAAACUGAGCUGCCCGCUGAAAUGUUGGAGAUGAAGGACAGGGAUCCACUUUCCUCAAAGUUUGUUUUUACAGACACCACCACACUUGUUUCCUACUGUCCAAGAAAAGGCCGAAAUGUGAUGCUGAUGUCCACUCGUCACAAAGAUGCAGCUGUGUCAUCAGAAAAAGACAAAAAGCCCAUAAUCAUCCUGGACUACAACAAAAACAAAGGAGGAGUGGACACCCUGGACAAGCUGACUGCCACCUACACUUGCCAGCGAAUGACCUGGAGAUGGUCGAGCGUGCCCGGUCCUGCCUGCCUGCAGUCAAGUCACACUGAGAGGACCUGA